AUGCCAUCAGCCCCAACAUCUAGCCAAAGUACUUCUGGCGGAACUUGCCAAGAUGUCAAGGAGGAGAAAGUUGUUGUCGCUGGCCAUACCAAAGCAGCCCUGAGGAAAGAUAUGAAGAUGGACCCAGAGCUGAACUCAGUUUUUGAACAUAUACGUGGUGACUUCUACUUGCUGGCGAUAAUCGAAAAUCUCUUUAUAGAAAAUACUGACUGCAAAGUGGUCAUUCAGAGGCUAGCCAAUGACACCUUCCGCAGAUCAGGGAUUUCACCAUUUGAGAUACAGAAAAGUGUUGUAGCUACACUGAAUCUCUCUCAGCUUGUUCACAACAUUAAGUCAUGGAGGUCCAAAUUCAAGAAACACCUCGUGAAUACAAUCCCUCCCUUCUACGGAAUUGGACCUAGCGGAGACAGAGUCACCAUCCAAGAGAAUGUCAAGCUUGCACUCUCUAAUUCAAACUUUGCAUUUCGCACAUACAGCUCAAAUUCCAGUAAUGUAAAACCAAAUAUAUCCUCCUGUCCCCGAUCCGGUGCAUUGGAGCACCCAGCAGUCACAGCGGUUUUGGACUUUACUUUUGCACUCAAGGAGCUCAAACCGGUUCUUCCUUUGGCCAGUGUCAAGUUGAGGGAGAAAUUGCAAUCCCUGGGUCUUCAGGCGUUUGCUUAUGCACUGACAAUCAUCAAAUAUAUCCUGAACCAGUACAAGUCUGGAACGCUUGCUGAACCCCAAUCAGAGUUUAGUUCUUCUGAGCAUUCCAAUGAUUAG